AUGAGAGCAGAGUUGAUCUUUGUCCCAGCUCCUGGAGUUGGUCAUCUAGUAUCUGCGGUUGAGCUUGCCAAGCUGCUUGCUCGACAAGAUCACCGAAUCUCCAUCAACAUUUUGAUAAUAAAGAUGCCUUUCGACUACGGUGUUGCUGAUAUUACUCAGACCCUUCAGAAUGAUGCUCCAGAGCGCAUAAACUUUGUAGAGAUCCCUUCUUUAGACGACACUGCUAUGGCAAAGCUCAUGGCUUUGCCGCGCAUGUCGUUCCAUGAUGCCUUCCUCUCGAGUCAGCGGGCUCAGGUGAUGGACGUGGUUAGACAGAUUAUGAAUCGGUCUGAGGAUUCAAGGCUAGGUGGAUUUGUGCUUGACAUGUUUUGCACUCAAAUGAUAGAUUUGGCUAAUGAGUUUGAUGUGCCAGCCUAUGUGUUCUUUACUUCCAGUGCUUCUUUUCUUGGCUUCAUUUUUUAUGCUCAACAUCUUAAAGAUAAAAAAGACCAGGAGAUUUUUGAGUUGAAGGACUCUGAUGUUGAGCUCUCUGUCCCGUGUUUCUCAAACCUGGUUCCUGCUAAGGUUUUGCCUUCGGUGAUGCUGACAGAGAGUGGAUCCGCCAUGAUGAUAAGUAUAGCCAGAAGAUUACGACAGGUCAGAGGUAUUCUAGUCAAUACAGUACUGGAACUCGAAAGUUAUGCUAUUAGGUCUCUUGAAGAGGAUGAAAGCGUGCCUCGUGUUUACCAUCUAGGGCCUUUAAUUAAUUUCAAGAAAGUUGAGCAGACAUCCCAUUGUGAAGAUUCUGAUGAGGCUGUUAUGAGGUGGUUAGACAAGCAGCCAUGUUCAUCUGUCGUUUUCUUGUGCUUCGGGAGUAUGGGAAGCUUUGAUACUAAGCAAGUGAAGGAGAUAGCAAGGGCGUUAGAGCUCAGUGGACAGCGUUUCUUAUGGUCUCUACGACGUCCAUCACAAGAGAAGGAAAAGACUGAACUGCUAAAAGAUUAUGAGGACUACGAUGAGGUGUUGCCAGAAGGAUUCUUGGAGCGGACAUCUGGAAUAGGAAAAAUAAUUGGAUGGGCGCCGCAAAUGACAAUCCUUUCCCAUCCAGCGGUUGGAGGAUUUGUGUCACAUUGUGGAUGGAACUCGACGCUAGAGAGUAUAUGGUGCGGUGUGCCAAUAGCUACUUGGCCUAUCUUUGCCGAGCAACAAACUAAUGCAUUUCAGUUGGUGAAGGAGUUGGGAUUAGCGGUAAAAAUUAAGUUGGAUUAUCGACAAGAAUAUUUGGCUCCGGAUAAAUCAUCAGAACUUGUGACAGCCGAGGAAAUAGAGAGCGGUAUAAGAUGUCUGAUGAAUAAAGAAGGUGAUCAGAUGAGAAACAAGGUGGUGACAAUGAAAGACUUAUGCAGAAAAGCUGUUGUGGAGGGAGGCUCAUCGCGCAUUUCACUCACACAGUUCAUCGACGAUGUCAUUGACAGCAUCAACCAACGUUCUACUAGUACUUAAGAAGAGCCUCCAAAUUUGUUAUUGUAAAAUAUAUUACAAGCACAAAGUUUUCUUGAUUUGCAUUUCUUUCACCUCCUGUAAAAUUCUAAAUAAAAAAGAACCAGAUUAACACA